UCCCGCGGCCGCUGCUGGAGGCGGCGGCGGCCCGGGCUCGUCCCACAUAUAUUCCUGCCGCUCCGCUCGGCCUGGCCUGUCCUCGCUGCGUCCUGCAGCCGCUGGGCCAUGGCCGGGCGGCUCAGCGCUGCAAGCUAGUGCCGGUGACCAAGCUGCCCUCCCUCCCGCGGCUUCGUAUUCCAGCCUCUGCCUUCACAUCUGCCGCUCUCUGCGAGGACUUCCCCACCCGUGCGUGCACUUCUCGACUUUCCCGUCCCUCACUGCACCGCGACUGCACUUUUCCCCUUCCCUCCUCGCACCCCUCCCGCCGCUGAGGAUGCGGCUGUCGCUGCUCAGCCCCCUGCUCCUGCUCUGCCUCAGCCGCAGCCGCGGCUCCGCCGAGCUCCCGGCAGCUCGAGCCAAGUGCCCGACCCGCUGCGAUGUCUCCAAGUGCCCCAGCCCCAGCUGCCCCAGCGGCUACGUCCCCGACCGCUGCAACUGCUGCCUCAUCUGCGCCGCGGGCGAGGGGGACUCUUGUGGCCGCAAGGAAGACCCUCCCUGCGGGGACAGCCUCGACUGCCGCUACCCCAUGGGCAAGCGCUUCGCCAAGGGGGUCUGCCAGUGCAAGCUCAGCGCCCAGGUGUGCGGCAGCGACGGGCGCACCUACGACAACAUCUGCCAGCUGAAGGCGGUGAGCCGCAAGGCGCUGCAGCACGGUCUGCCCGCCGUCGCCCAGGUGCAGAAGGGAGCCUGCGAAUCGGGUCACCUACAGUCCAGCAGUCCAAGAUACAAAUUCAACUUCAUAGCAGAUGUGGUGGAAAAGAUUGCACCUGCAGUUGUGCACAUUGAACUUUUCCUCAGGCACCCUCUGUUUGGUCGAAAUGUCCCACUUUCCAGUGGAUCUGGGUUUAUUAUGUCUGAUUCUGGUUUAAUCGUGACCAAUGCACACGUGGUGUCAAGUACCAAUGCUAUAUCAGGGAGACAACAGUUGAAAGUGCAGCUGCAAAAUGGUGAUACAUAUGAAGCAACCAUCAGAGACAUUGACAAGAAAUCUGACAUUGCAACAAUAAAGAUCCACCCUAAGAAAAAAUUACCCGUGUUGUUACUGGGGCACUCUGCUGAUCUAAGACCAGGAGAAUUUGUGGUGGCAAUUGGAAGCCCAUUUGCCCUACAGAACACUGUGACAACAGGUAUCGUCAGCACUGCUCAGCGAGAUGGCAAAGAACUUGGCUUGCGGGACUCAGAUAUGGAUUACAUUCAGACAGAUGCUAUUAUCAAUUAUGGAAACUCUGGAGGACCACUAGUUAAUCUGGAUGGUGAAGUGAUUGGAAUUAACACCUUGAAAGUUACAGCUGGAAUUUCCUUUGCUAUUCCAUCGGACCGCAUUACUCAGUUUCUCACAGAGUCACUUGACAAACAAAAUAAAGAUAGCAAAAAACGUUUCAUUGGCAUCCGCAUGCUGACAAUAACACCUGCCUUGGUGGAAGAAUUGAAACACAAUAAUGCCGAUUUUCCUGAUGUCAGAAGUGGAAUUUACGUACAUGAAGUUGUUCCAAAUUCACCUUCUCAUAGAGGAGGUAUCCAAGAUGGAGAUAUAAUCGUUAAAGUCAAUGGGCGUCCUUUGAUGACUUCCAGUGACCUUCAAGAGGCUGUGAUGAAUGAAUCACCUCUACUACUUGAAGUUCGAAGAGGAAACGAUGACUUACUAUUUAACAUUGAGCCUGAAAUUGUCAUGUAAAUAGAACUGAGGAAACUCCCACCAUAAUUAAACACACUUACUCUGGAACACUAGAUACCUCCUUUACAGCUACAGUAAUUAUACUUUGAGUUGACUAAUGACAAGGUGGACUAACUUAAUUGCCUGAUCCAUUUCUGUACAUAGUAGCUAGAAUGAAUUCAGUUAUGCCAUGUAUUGCAGAAUUAACUUUCAAAGCAAAUUAAGACUGAUGUUCUGGGGUGGGGGAAGAAAGCAAGCUUUGGGUAGCUGAAGGAAAUGGGUUCCACUUCCAGUUUAAGCAGACUUCAGAGCAGGUUUAGUUCUUCAUUUGGAGAGACAAAAAUACAACUGGAAUUGAGGAAAUAUGCUGACAGAGAAAACUAUUCAUAGAUUAGUCAUGCAGAAUCAUGCUAUUGCAAUUGAGCUUUUAUAUAUAUAUAUAUAUAUAUAUAAAACUAUAUAUAUAUAGUUAUAUAUAUAUAACUUUUCCAAUGUGAAACUAAUAUUGGCAAAGCUUUUGUUUGUUUUUAGUGCUUGUACGCUACAUAUCGAUGCAGGCAGACUAAAUCUGUAAAUAUUGAACAAAAAUGGUAUCAGGCUAUAGAGUGUUACACCUAGGUCAUGCAAUUUUGGAAUAUAGUAAAUGAUUCUUAUAGAAUUAAUGCCUUAUUAUAUAAAAAUCAAAACGAUGUGCUGAACAAAGUUAAGUUUGAGAAAGUGCACAGUUGUUUUUUUUAUUUGAUACAAAUUAGUUUUGCAUUUUACUGGUAAGCUUUGCUGUAAAAUUGUUACACUACUUUUGGCUUGUACUGUGUAAGUUUCUACUGUAAGGAGAUUAAAGUUUACACAAAUAAAGUGCUAGUGUAAAUCUC